AUGAUUUUAGCUAGCGAGUCUGAUAUGCGUUUUCUGCAAACGAUGAGUGGUUGUUGGAGUGGAUUAACCUAUGAAAGGGACACGAAUGGAGAUGCUAUAGAUUAUGAUCAAACACCAUUCAAAUCAUUUUGUGCUAUGCUUCAAUCUUAUUACUUAGACCCUUUUCUUUUACUUGUUCUCCUUCUGGCUUUAAUCCUUUGGCGUCAACAUCAAAUCCUAAAGAAACUUGACAACUUGAAAAACCACAGCCGUGAAUAUACUCUCGUCGAGAGCUCCCCUCGUACAGACGGCGGCGCAGUCUCUAGAACUAUCUCUGAUCAUAUUCAAAGACUUGAAGCUACUCUCAGGGAGAUAGCAGAAAGGAUUUCUGGAUUUCAAACAGACUACGCCAAAGAAAUUUCCAAAGUUAAACUGGAAUUCCCUCGUUUCAUACGAAUUCAAGAACCAGCAGAGUGGCUUCAUAGAAUUGCUCAGUAUUUCGAAUAUGCUAGUAUUGUGGAGGAUCAAAAAGUUCCUUUAGCUUCUUUUUACCUCGAAGAGGAAGCAAAUCAGUGGCUUCAAUGGCUGCAGAGGUCAUAUAAGCAAGAUGAGGAAGAGAUUACGUGGGAAAUUUUUAAGAAAGAACUGGUGUCAAGAUUUGGUCCAAGUGAAGACUCUGGUGAGGCGUUGUCUAGAGUGAAGCAAACUGGAAGUUUAAGAGAUUAUAUAAAGGAAUUCGAGCGGCUAAGCACUAGGGUGGAGAAUUGUCCGACAAAGGACUUGAUUCAGAAAUUUAUAGGUGGAUUGCAAGAAGAAACAGCAGAGUACGUAAGGAUGUAUAACCCCAAAACCCUCCACGAAAUGGUCCAGAUAGCGCGAUACGCGGAAGUGAAACUAUCCCGAGAACGCCAUUCUUCUAUUUCGGGUUAAUCCAGCUUAAAAUUAUAGCCUUUAAUAUGCGUGCAUGUUUCAUGCAUUGUCAGGCUAAUAGUUGAAGAGUUCUUGUUAAAACACAAUGUGUUGUGAAGUAGAUAAUAGCGUGCUUAUAAUAAUAUAGAAUGGAGUGCUUUUCUGAAAUAGAGCAAUCCAACGGCUGUUAUAAUUAUAUAAAUAACACUUAAAAAUUGAAUACCAA